CAGUCUCAUUUGAUCGUUUUUUUCUCUAUUAGAAUGUGAAACAUGUUGCAGAAGCAUUCAAGAAGUGGCUGAAGGGGGAGGAAAAAAGUGCCACUGCCUGUCAGAAAAAAACAACAAAACAAAACAUGGGAAAUACAACCACCAAAUUUCGUAAAGCACUCAUCAAUGGUGAUGAAAACCUGGCCUGCCAAAUAUAUGAAAACAACCCUCAGCUAAAAGAAUCCCUUGAUCCUAAUACAUCUUAUGGGGAACCCUACCAGCACAAUACUCCAUUACACUAUGCUGCUAGACAUGGAAUGAACAGAAUAUUAGGGACUUUUCUUUUUGGUAGAGAUGGAAAUCCAAAUAAACGGAAUGUGCACAAUGAAACAUCUAUGCAUUUGUUGUGUAUGGGACCUCAAAUUAUGAUAUCUGAAGGAGCCCUUCAUCCUCGUUUAGCACGCCCCAUGGAAGAUGAUUUUAGAAGAGCAGAUUGUCUGCAGAUGAUCUUAAGAUGGAAAGGAGCAAAACUUGACCAAGGGGAAUAUGAGAGAGCAGCUAUUGAUGCUGUAGAUAACAAAAAAAACACACCCCUGCACUAUGCUGCUGCCUCAGGGAUGAAAACCUGUGUAGAGAUUUUAGUAAAACAUGGAGGAGACUUGUUUGCUGAGAAUGAGAAUAAAGAUACUCCUUGUGAUUGUGCUGAAAAGCAACACCACAAAGAUUUGGCCCUUAAUCUGGAAUCGCAAAUGGUAUUCUCACGAGAUCCCGAAGCUGAAGAAAUAGAAGCUGAGUAUGCUGCAUUAGACAAACGAGAGCCAUAUGAAGGAUUAAGGCCUCAGGAUCUUCGUAGAUUGAAGGAUAUGCUUAUUGUGGAAACUGCAGACAUGCUCCAAGCUCCACUGUUUACUGCUGAAGCUUUACUUCGAGCUCACGACUGGGACAGGGAGAAAUUACUUGAAGCUUGGAUGUCCAACCCAGAGAAUUGCUGCCAACGAUCAGGUGUGCAGAUGCCAACUCCACCACCAAGUGGGUGUAAUGCCUGGGACACGCUCCCUUCUCCAAGAACUCCAAGGACUAAUCCUGGGGAUCUGGACACCAGUUUGUGUGACAUUUGUAUGUGCAGUAUUUCUGUAUUUGAAGACCCGGUGGAUAUGCCCUGUGGACAUGAUUUCUGUAGAGGAUGUUGGGAGUCGUUUUUGAAUCUGAAAAUUCAAGAAGGUGAAGCCCAUAAUAUUUUCUGCCCUGCAUAUGAUUGCUUCCAACUUGUACCUGUGGAUAUCAUAGAAAGUAUAGUUUCUAAGGAGAUGGACAAACGAUACCUACAGUUUGAUAUUAAGGCCUUUGUUGAAAAUAAUCCUGCCAUUAAAUGGUGUCCUACUCCAGGCUGUGAAAGAGCAGUCAGACUAACAAAACAAGGGUCAAAUACAUCUGGGUCUGAUACACUCAGCUUCCCCUUGCUCAGAGCUCCUGCCGUGGACUGUGGAAAAGGACACCUCUUCUGCUGGGAGUGCCUUGGUGAAGCACAUGAGCCUUGUGACUGCCAAACAUGGAAAAAUUGGCUACAAAAGAUAACUGAAAUGAAACCAGAAGAACUUGUGGGAGUUAGUGAAGCUUAUGAGGAUGCUGCCAACUGUCUCUGGUUGUUAACUAACUCCAAGCCUUGUGCUAACUGUAAAUCUCCAAUACAGAAGAAUGAGGGAUGCAAUCACAUGCAGUGUGCUAAGUGCAAGUAUGACUUUUGCUGGAUUUGCCUAGAAGAAUGGAAAAAGCAUAGUUCUUCCACAGGCGGUUAUUAUAGAUGUACUCGCUAUGAAGUCAUUCAACAUGUGGAGGAGCAAUCCAAGGAAAUGACUGUGGAGGCUGAGAAAAAACACAAACGGUUUCAGGAACUUGACAGAUUUAUGCAUUAUUACACGAGAUUUAAAAACCAUGAGCAUAGCUAUCAGUUAGAACAACGCCUUCUUAAAACAGCUAAAGAAAAGAUGGAGCAAUUGAGUAGAGCUCUCAAAGAAACUGAAGGAGGCUGUCCAGAUACCACUUUCAUUGAAGAUGCAGUUCAUGUGCUCUUAAAAACUCGGCGUAUCCUCAAGUGUUCUUAUCCCUAUGGAUUCUUCUUAGAACCUAAAAGCACAAAGAAAGAAAUUUUUGAACUCAUGCAAACAGACCUAGAAAUGGUCACUGAAGACCUUGCCCAAAAAGUCAAUAGGCCUUACCUUCGCACACCCCGCCACAAGAUCAUCAAGGCGGCAUGCCUUGUACAGCAGAAGAGGCAGGAAUUCCUGGCUUCCGUGGCUCGGGGAGUUGCCCCUGCAGACUCACCUGAAGCUCCCAGGCGCAGCUUUGCUGGUGGAACAUGGGAUUGGGAAUAUUUAGGAUUUGCAUCACCUGAGGAAUAUGCUGAAUUUCAGUAUCGGAGGAGGCACAGACAGCAGCGCCGGCGAGGAGACGUGCACAGUCUGCUCAGUAACCCUCCAGACCCUGAUGAGCCCAGUGAAAGCACUUUAGAUCUCCCAGAAGGCGGCAGUAGCCGCAGACCAGGCACCUCCGUGGUCAGCUCUGCGUCCAUGAGUGUGCUGCACAGCUCUUCCUUGCGUGACUACACCCCUGCCAGUCGCUCUGAGAACCAAGACUCUCUUCAGGCUCUGAGUUCCUUGGAUGAAGAUGAUCCUAAUAUACUUCUCGCAAUACAGUUAUCAUUGCAAGAAUCGGGGCUGGCCAUCGAUGAAGGAAACAGAGACUUCCUCAGUGGCGAUGCUUCCUUAGGAGCAAUAGGCACUUCUCUACCUUCCAGGCUGGACUCCGGCCCCAGGAACACAGAUAGUCCUGCAGCUGCGUUGAGCAGCUCCGAGCUAUUGGAAUUUGGCGACAGCCUCUUGAGACUAGGAGCUGAAAGUGACACAUUUUCAAGUGACACCCUGAGUUCACACCCUCUCAGUGAGGCAAGAAAUGAAUUCUAUCCCUCAUCCAGUGACCCUGACUCAGCUGGCCAGGACGCCAACAUCAGUGACAAUCUUCUGGGCAAUAUCAUGGCUUGGUUUCACGACAUGAACCCUCAGAGUAUUGUCCUGAUUCCUCCAGCAACUACAGAAAUCAGUGCAGAUUCCCAGCGCCCCUGUGUUGGAGAUGGGUCAGAAGGCGUGAAAGAUGUAGAACUGGUGCCGCCAGAAGAAGACUCAGUGUUUGAAGAUGCUGUGGUCAGUGAAGGUAGAGGAACCCAAAGAGAAGAAGAAAACUCUUUGGAAGAGAAUAUUCUGGCUGGGGAAGCAGCGCCUCAAGCUGGCGAAAGUGGUACUGAGGCAGCCAGCAAGGGAGCUGGUUCAGAUGUCUCAAGUCAAACACCUCAAACCUCAAGUGACUGGCUGGAACAAGGACACUUAGUGUGAGCUGCACUCCUCUGGCUCCAAGCGCUUCGCGGUACAGGUGGCAUGCUGGUGGAGUGUGCUUCAUGGAAACUGGAUCCACUUAAUUCCAACUCAACUCUAAACCACUGACAUUAGGGUUGAAUACGAGGAGUUCCCUUGAAUGGUGGCUUCGUUUCGGAGUUUAACCUCACAGGAAACUUCUUUGGUAUUUAAUUGGAUAGCUUUCCCCUUUUUGCUGACAAAAAGAAGAGCAGGAGAGAAAGAAAAACAAAUGGAGUAAGUAGGUUAGAUUCCACACUCUAAGAAAAUGCAGUCCUCUGUUUAGCCUAAGGUCAGCAAUACUUAAAAUGGAACAUUUAAAUUAAAGGCUUACGCCCUCAUCCUUGGGUGGUUUUUCUCUUUAAAAAGAAAAAAAAAAAAGAUUUUCUUCAUUUUAGAAGUUCUUUUGGACAGAUCUGGUAACACUGAGUUCCUCGAUCUCUUUGUGCUCUUCCAUAACUUUCUUCCUGCCUCUUGGUCUGAGCAGUGUGAAUCGAAGUGUCCAAAGCUUCUCUUUAGUGCUGCAUCUCCCACAAUGUAAUUAAUUUUCAUUUUCACAUGAGUCAAAAAUUUCUUUUCAUGUCUUACAGUCCACUUGUGCCAAACUCUGACUCGUGCACUGAGAAGGCGUUCAGGUGUGGCUCCAGGGCAGUGUCAGCAUUCUCGGGAGUAAAAGGUGCCACUUGGUAGCCAUGAAAUGCCAGGCUUUAAUAGGCUUUUGUUGCCAUGGAGACUGCAUUUAAAUAAAUGUAACCUGUAGCUUAAGUUAACUAAACCUAAUGCUGCUGUUAAAAACAGUUUAUUUUAAUAUUAAAAUACAGUUGAUUAGCAACAGCGGUGCUGUAUUUUAAGAGACACUUUAUUGAAAGUGCAAUCAUAGUUCUUUGUUUUCACAAUUUUACAGUGCAUUCUAAUUACUAAUGGGUGCAAUUACUUUUAAUGGUGUUUUAUAAAAUAGAAAAAAGUGGAGUUUUUAUGAGUUACGGUAAAUCCGACAAUUAUUAAAAAUCCAGCACGACACCCUGCGCCACACGUUACCGUGCCUUUGCCAACCUCAGUGGGUAGUUGCCAGUUAAAUACGUGAGUCAUUCAGAUCUCAGUGUCUCUUCUGAAGUAACUAUGCUAUGAACUGCAGAGACCUCCAUAAACCACCCAUGGCCUUGCCUUUCCAGUCAAUAUAACAACUAAAUAAAUGUUCAGUCCGUUUGUUUGCCUCAAUAGCAAAUGCUGACGUGUUUGUUCUGUUGCACAAUACUCAUUUGCUGUGUGACUACUGUUUAGUGUUGAAAAAAUCAACUUCCUGGUUAUCAGUGUCUUCCUGUGAAGAAAAUACUGGUCUUAGUUGUAAUUAAGAUUCAGUGGUACAGUGUGUAAUUAAAACUAGAGUAAACUGUUGGACUGGCUCUUUUACUUACAUAUAACCCAAACUAGCAUAACAUAAGCAAAGUAGAUAGGCAACACCCCAUUUAAUGUUUUGCCAGAUUUUUACCAGAAGUCUACAGAUACCAAAAUUUCAGUACUGAGUUUGUACAGGCAAGUCCUGGACUGGGUGAAAGGUUGUAUUAGUAUUGAUAUUCACAUGAGUUGUAAUUAUGGUUUUUUAUUACUUUUUAUUUUCCAAACCCUAUUUUUGAAAUAUUCUUAUAUUUGGAAUUCAUGAGACCUAGGACAUUAUAUUAUUUAAUAUUCCUCAGGUUCUCCUGGGAUUAAAAAGAAACUAUGUAGGAAUUGUUCUUAUGCUUUGGGUGUCAUAAGUCCACAUUAUUUUUUAUUUCCCCAAUUAUCAGAAACAUUGAUAUCCACCCUUAUUAAUUUGUUGAGGUAAAUAUUAACUUUUUCCUACAGUGUAUUACUGUCUAUUAAACUGAAAUAGUCCAUUAAAAAAUUUUUUUACAAGUUUAUUUUGGAUUAAAAAUAUCAACACCAAUCAGUUUUUAGACCAAGUUGUAAUUUUUUCAAAAGAAAGAGUCUUUGUAUCAUAUAGCGGUGUCUUGCAAAGUGUGGAAGUGCUGCGUGAAGGCUGUGGAGUACAUGUUCCUAGUGAGGCCGGUGCCUGGCACCUGGUGUAGUAAGUAGCCCUUGUUCCUGUGCUGUUCUCUCCUGAGCAUGAGGAAAGAUCAUUAUCCAAUUUGUACUUCCUUGGUACAUAUUUUAAAAACAACACAGUCAUUGACUUUACAGUUCAGAAAUAAAGUUUGGCAAAGCCUAUUUUGUAAACACAUUAAUUUUAUAAUGUAAAAAAAAUUACUCUAACCUUGACUUGUUAUUUGCACUUUCAUAGUCUAUACUUGAUACAUUCCCCCUUUAUAUACAAUAGGAUUCUACAACCAUGUAGAUGUUUGGCCAAAUGAAUGCUGUUAAUAAUAUGUAAAAUUCUUUGAUUAAACAUUUAUUACUUAAACUA